ACUUCCUGCUGGGGUGGAUGAGGAGGAGCCGGAGACGCCGCGGAGGAGACCGGACCGAAGACGGACCGUGCGGGGGAGAGCAGGAGGGUGAAAAUGAAAGCAGGCUGUAGCAUCGUGGAAAAGCCAGAAGGAGGUGGAGGGUAUCAGUUUCCUGAUUGGGCCUAUAAAACAGAGUCGUCCCCGGGCUCCCGGCAGAUCCAGCUGUGGCACUUCAUCCUGGAGCUGCUACAGAAGGAGGAGUUCCGCCAUGUCAUCGCCUGGCAGCAGGGAGAGUACGGGGAGUUUGUCAUCAAGGAUCCAGAUGAGGUGGCCCGCCUCUGGGGCCGCAGGAAGUGCAAACCACAGAUGAAUUAUGACAAGCUGAGCCGGGCCCUGAGAUACUAUUACAACAAGAGGAUCCUUCAUAAAACAAAAGGGAAAAGGUUUACUUAUAAAUUUAACUUCAACAAGCUGGUGAUGCCCAACUACCCAUUCAUCAACAUACGGUCAAGUGGUGUGGUUCCCCAGAGUGCGCCACCAGUGCCAACAGCCUCUUCCCGCUUCCAUUUCCCACCUCUGGACACCCAUUCUCCAACUAGUGAUGUGCAGCCGGGGCGGUUCUCUGCUAGCUCCCUAACUGCUUCUGGCCAGGAGUCAAGCGCUGGCACUGAUAGAAAGGUGGAGCUUUCGGAGCUGGAGGAUGGCUCAGCCGCCGACUGGCGCCGGGGUGUGGAUCUCAUGUCCUCCCGGAAUGCCGUCGGCGGAGGGAUUGGCCAUCAGAAGCGCAAGCCUGACAUCAUGCUUCCCCUGUUCUCUAGGCCAGGGAUGUACCCUGACCCCCAUAGUCCCUUCGCUAUCUCUCCCAUCCCCGGCCGUGGAGGCGUCCUGAAUGUCCCCAUUUCACCAGCCCUCUCCCUGACUCCCACCAUCUUCUCCUAUAGCCCGUCGCCAGGCCUGAGCCCCUUCACCAGCAGCAGUUGCUUCUCCUUCAACCCUGAGGAAAUGAAACACUACCUUCAUUCUCAAGCUUGUUCUGUGUUCAACUACCAUCUGAGUCCGCGGACAUUUCCUCGUUACCCGGGGCUCAUGGUUCCACCGCUGCAGUGCCAGAUGCAUCCUGAGGAGUCAACCCAGUUUUCCAUCAAGCUGCAGCCCCCACCUGUCGGGCGGAAGAACCGGGAGAGGGUGGAGAGCAGCGAGGAGGCGGCGCCUGUCACUGUUCCCACGCUGGCUCCUGUCCCCCCGAGAAUUAAGGUGGAACCAGCCUCUGAGAAGGAUGCUGAGAGUCUCAGGCAGUUGGCACGAGAAAAGGAGGAGCGCUCUCAAGAAGAGGGCAGUGUGCCAAGCAGGACCACAGAAGAGGAAAAAGGUACCAUCUUUGCCCGCCCGGCUGCACCGCCUGUCUGGCCCUCUGUACCCAUUAGCACCCCAAGUGAAGAACCCCUAGAGGUGACUGAAGACAGUGAGGACAGGCCUGGCAAAGAGCCCGGUGCACCUGAGAAGAAAGAAGAUGCCCUGAUGCCCCCCAAGCUUCGGUUGAAGCGGCGCUGGAAUGAUGACCCUGAAGCCCGGGAGCUGAGUAAGAAUGGCAAGUUCCUCUGGAAUGGGUCAGGACCCCGGGGCUUGGCAACGGCUGCUGCUGACGCUUAGAACUGGAAGUUGAUUGGGAGCUGUUUAUACUAUAAUCAAACACAUACAUGUAUUUAUGUAGCAAGAUUUCAGGGUGGGGGGUGGGGAGGGAAUUAGGCUGGUUUGAUCCUUCUAGGGGCAUAGACUUGUAUUUUUAUGUUUGGGGGAUAGGAUGGGGGUAUCUUCUGUUGUAAAUUAGAUGGGAUGUGAACACACUUUUUUUCCUGGUGAGUAGGACAUGGGAAGGGUAUUGGACUGAAAGAAGAGCGAGCCUCUGUUUCCUGUUGAGGCUUACACUUUCUGACAAACUCCCAGAGGGCCAAGAUACUGUUUGGUCCCAUGAUAGUUCAGGUUCCAGACUUGUUUCUUUUCUAUUGUAUUUAUAUAUGGAAAGCCAUUAAUGAAUUUAUUUUGCUUUGAGACAUACACAUAAAAGGGAAAGGGGCGUGGUUGGGAGGUUGAGCAGUGAGAGACCAUUAAUACUAAGUAUUUUGCCUGAAAUGUUUCUUUAUAAUUAUUUCAGGGGAGGAAUAAGAUAAUCUCAGUCUUAUGGGGGCAGGAGGAUGUUCAGGUGUUGCUCUUUUUCUUUUUCCCUUUGUUGUUGUUGUUUGGCUUCUUUUUUUUUUUUUUUUUUUUUUUUUUUUUUUUUUUUUUUUUUUCUUUCUUUCUUUUUAUAAAAUGUUUUCAGGAAACGUGAAAUGUACUGCCAGUUAGAGCGGGGCUGGCAAGGCACAGGCGCUGAGCCUUCAGCUACAGUUGUUGAGACAGGAAGCCCUGCUGUGAAUUUCUUGGAUAUUUCACCUACUUCACCUAUUAAGAAGCCAUGAGGAGUUAUAAACUCUUGUUCAGGGAAGAAAGAAGAGGGCAGGAGGAAGUAACCCAAUGCCUUUAAAAACAAAAACACAAAAAUGCUCUUUUUUUUUUUUUUUUUUUCUUUUUCAUCGUGGGUUUGGGGAGCCAAACCAACGUGUGACUGAGCGAGUUGACUGAGAGACGUGACAGAGUUGAAGAUGUCUUUCUGCAGUGUCUGGUUCUCUUAUCGUUUUCUUAAGUCAAAGCCUUAACAAUGAACAUACUUCAACAUGAUACGGGUCUGUCAACGUAAACCUGUAAAAGGGCAUAGACAACUUUUCAGAUAAUCCAGGAGUGUUGGAAGAUGGUUAAAUUUUAAGCUGGUAUUUAAUCAUCCCCACUUGAUGUAUUGGGUUAGGUAGCAAAAAGGCAGGAUUGUGGGAGUUAAGGGCAGAUGAUACCUGGAAACACAGAAGGUAGCUGGGGGUACAAGUGGAUGUUUAGGAAGCUGAAAGAAGCGGUAGACAGGAGACACAGAAGGCAGACAGAUGCCAAGAGGCCUGGUGUAAGUGAAGCAGUGGGUGUCUGUCCUGUUGUGGCGUUGCCGUUCUUGCCAUACCCAUUCCCCUAGAUUGUGCUGAUUCUCAUGAUCAAUUGACUCUCCUACAUGAGACCCCAGGAAUUGUUUCUUCAUGGGAAAUUCCCUUCCAGCAACUUCAAAGGAAUGGGAAAGUAUUGAUCUUACAUGAAGCAAAAGGAGCCUGGAUUAGGGGCAGAGAGAAAGAAGCCACAGCCAACUGUGUGUGUGUGUGUGUGUGUGUGUGUGUGUGUGUGUGUGUGUGUGUGUGUGUGUGUGUGUGUGUGUGUGCGCGCGCGUGCGCGCACAUGUAAGUACACAGUAGUAUACAGAAAUACCUAACAUGGCUCAGAGCCACGAGCAGCAGAGAGAAGAAAUAACUGCAUCUCUGACGGGCAGGGAGUGGGCACAGGGAUGUUGUCUGGAAAUUGGAGAGAUUCCCGGCUCCAUCUCAGCCUCGGUGAGCUCAGUGUUCUAAGAAGCACUUGAGGGUUGUCUCUUCAUGGUGAGGGCGGUGGGGGGGGGGGUCUAUUUUAAACUGGAGUGCGUGCGCGAGAGAGGGGCCCAGGAGAGGUUCGAGCUGGUGAGUGAGUUGUUAGGUGGCUUAGAGGACUUGAGUCCAUCAUGCUCUUUUUUGGCAAUUGUCCUCCCCCUUGUUUGAUUCAAAUUCCGUGAGUGACUUGUCUUUCCCUGGGAAAAGGAUUAGGAGAAUGGUCCCUAACAACUCAGGCUUUGGUCAGGCUGCCUUUGGUUGGUUGUGUUUUUGUCGGUUUCUUUCUCUGUACCUCGACUUACCUCGAAUCAGAAAGCAAGCCCAGGCAGGUGGAAGAGGCAUCUCUUGCUUGGCAUUGCCCAAUCUAACCAGGGAGGCUGGCUGCCCACCGUCUCUGUCCACUAGAGGGGAGGGCCGGCAGGUGUCAGUAUGAACUCAGGAAUAGAAACAUGAGGCCUUUAAAAUAAGAGGGAGAAAAAUCCGUGAUGCAUACCUGUAACCCCCUAGAACCCAAGUGCCAGAAUUAAUUCCUAGAUGCUGCUUCUGUUUGAAUAAAAAGUCACAGCUUUUACACUUGAAAAAACACACUCAAAAAAUGUUCAACUCCAUGAAAACUGUUUUUGGCUUUAAGAAAUUGUUUGGUGUUUAACUGUCCUUUGAUUGCCAUUCCACCAGUAAAUUGUUGGUUGAUUUGCACUGCACACUGGGGUUGGGGGGAGGGUCCUACACAGAGCCAGACUUGGGCUUGCCCGGGAAGUGGACCAGGGGAUGUGGAGGUCACUGAUAUUUCCUGGAGCAAAGGGGUGGGAGAUAGUUUUUCUUCCCCGAGCCCACUCUGGGCAGCACCUGUCACCAGCCUGGCACAAAGCCAGGCCUUUCUCUUCCGCAAGCAUCUCAUCACUGUCCAGCAGCAGGUGGAAAAGGGGGGACAACACCAGAUGUAUUUUGCCUCCCCAUUUUUUCCACCUUUUGCUGUGCCAAAUGUUUAACAUUUUGCAGAUACAGAUCUUGAACAUGUAUUAAGAACCUGUUCAUGCAAACUGUUUGCUUUUUUGACUCUGGAGAAGAAAAUAGUAGAGAUCUCUUCAGGGCAUCCAGCCUUGCUGAGCUUUUUUUCUUUUUUUUUUUAAGAAUGGCUAGGAGUGAAAUAUAAACAAUUCACUAAGUCUCUUCAAUCCCCAGUUUUCAAGCUGCACUGCAUUAAACCCAGCUCGCUAACUAACACAGGGAAUUACUGCACCCUAGUCCUCAAUGGGCCAAGAAACUGUCAGAAGCAUUAAAAAAAAAAAAAAUAGUUGAAGUAUACCACUUCUCACCAAGCAGGUAGAGUCAGUUGGCUGUUUUGUCCCUUGUUUUUUAUUUAUUCCAUAAUUAUGUUUGUGGUUUUUGUUUUGUAGGCAGUAAUGGAACAUACUUUAAAUUUUGUUUAAAAGAAAAAGAACUUUGAUCCAAUCUUUCAAGAACUGUUCCAUUUUUUCGUUUCUUCUUGGGGGAAAAAAAGUUACCAGUUAAUUUGUUUUGAAAUAUUUCGGCAUUCUUUGAGUUAUAAAAUUGCGAUGCAGGGAUUUUUGGCAAUUCACAUGUGAAAGAUGACUUCACUAGUUAUCCGCUUAAGCAGAAUAGUGUGUAUAUGUACAUAAAAUGUAAGUAAUCUUAACUCCAUUGUGCAGUGCCUUUUAGAUGUUCCGCUUUCUAUAAAGUCUUCAAAUUUUUGCAUAUAUAUAUUAUAUAUAUAUGAUGUAAUGUUAUAGAAAUAUAUGUAUAAUAUACAUAUUUUUUCCAGGGGUAUCUGAUAGCUCUGUAUUUUGUUAUGGAAGUUGAAAGAAAAAAAAGUAUUUUA